GUCAAGGACAACAGACAUGCGCAUUUGAGCCUAGACCAUUAAGGAUUUAAAUGUACGAUUGUGUAUUCAUUGACACAGUCGUUGCGGUAAAUUGGCAGGAAAGAUCUGGAAAUUUUAAUAGCUUUCAAUUACAUCAAGAUAUCUGGUCUGGAAGUUCAAUGGAGGAAAGUGGUGCAGAAAUUUCGAAGAAAACUGAUGAAACGGAUUUAUCUGAUGCUGCCUCAAAUGAUAUUACGCCAUGUUAUCAUACGCCACCGAAAAUUCGAAGAGUGGACAGUGAAUUAGAACAGAAUGUGGCCAAAAUAGAAGAGCAUGUUGACGAAAUUUCAGUCCCUCCUUUACAAGACGACCAAAUGCGAUGGCUAGUGAUUGGGAUAUGUUUACACAGUAUUAUAUCACCUGCUCUAAGAAAAUAUAUUCCAAAAACCAUGCAGGGACUUUAUACUAGCUUAAAGCAGCAUGACAACAUCGACAAACAGAUCUAUGGAAAACAUCUAGAGAGAUGCGGGCCAGCAUACCUUAACUAUAACGCAAUCAACUGCAAUUUUCUCAUUCCACGAAAUUUUCGACCUCCUGAACGGAAAUAUAACUACAAUGUGCGUGAUGCAGUGGAACUCUCGAAGCUGUUUUUGCCUACCUGCAUGACCCAAUACACUGGCUUUGAUGAUACAUGUGAUGCCUCUGCUCUGCUUGGUAUCGUUAUAAAUGUUGACAUAUUUCCUGCUCAUUUACGUACUGCCGCAGAAGAGAUUCGUGAUGACGUCCGUAACCCGUGGGCUCACUGCAACUUUUCGACAUGGGAUAUAUCAAAAUUUCAGAAGUGUUUUGAUUCGAUGAAAAAGAUGUUGAAAUACCUCUGCCUACCUGUGCAAGAUGAGGCGUUGCUUCUACAACAGCUUCAAACUUGGCAAGCAAACGCCUUACAUGUUCUACAUGGAACUCUUGGUUUCGAUUUCUUACAAACACUAAGUACAGAAACAUCUCUACUGGCCCGGUAUUGUCGUUCCGCAAAUGCAAUAUCAGACAAUAAUUUCGAACAUAUUCGUGAGGCGCUCAAACAAGUUGAUUGUAUAUUAAGACUCUUGAAGGAAAAGCUUCAUGAAUUAGAAACAGAAAACAAAGAUAUAAAGAGAGAGCAAUCAACAUUCAAAGAUACGAUAAACACUGUUACUGCAGAACUUGAAACUACAAAACAAAAAAUUGAUAAGUUGACGUCUACAAACCAAGCAUCGAGCAGAGAAGUACGCCUCUUCAGUCCUCCAAGAAGAAUAAAACAUUUUGUCGGACACGAGACAGAACUCCAACUAUUAAAACAUAAAUUCAAUGAAAAUGGCAGGAGCACAUGCACACUAGCGAUAUGCGGCCUUGGUGGGAUAGGAAAGACAUCACUUGCCAGUGAAUUUUGCUACCAUUAUCGCGAACAGUAUCCUGGUGGCAUAUACUGGACUGUAGCUGAGGAUGAGGAUUCUUUGCUGGACUCUUUCAUGCGGUUAUCUGCACGCAUCGGCGUUGGCAAUGACAGGCCAAAAGAUACAAUGAGACACACUUUGAACUGGUUGUCCUCAAAGUCGCAGAGAUGGUUGUUAGUCAUUGAUAAUUUAGAUAGCGAGGCUUUAGGCUCAACCAUGUUAGAGCUGCUGUUUGGGGACUGGAAACAUGACAUUUGUGGAAAUAUUCUUAUCACAACUAGAAGAGAGCGAAUUAGCGCUAAGGAAGUACUAGGGGUAGAUUCGUGUAUUAGUCUGCAGCAACUGUCAGAAAUGGAAUCAGUACGCUUUAUGAAAGAACGCACAUGUUCUGAUGAUUCAGAAUGCGAUGAUAAGAUUAAAGCACUUGUCAGUGAACUACAUGGAUUGCCACUUGCCUUGGAACAAGCCGCUGCACAUAUCAAGGUACUGAAGUGUUCUUUCCAGGAAUACUUGGACGGCUAUAAAGCAAAUCGUUUCAAAAUGCUAAAAUCAAUGGAAAAACAUGCACAAUAUAACACUUCGGCUGAGCGACAAGCAGUUCAGACAACUUGGAACAUGAAUUUCAAACACAUAGCUGACUCUUCGAAAGAAGCAGGAGUAAAUGCUGUUACUGCUAUGGAGCAGUUCGCAUUACUUCCACACUUAGAAAUUAUACCAGAGAUACAUGGACAUCUCUUAUCAUUUGAUAAGCUAAUGAGGAAACAAGAAAUAGAGAUUUUGGCAAGGUUUUCCAUUGUUAGUAGGGAUCAGACAGAGACUCUUCUAAUGCAUCGACUUGUCAAGCAGGCAAUAGAAGAAAAUAUGAGUGUUGACAGAAAGCUUCGUCUCCUAAGUUUGAUGAAUAUUUCAACACUCGCGACACUCGGAGAACGAGUAACCACCCCUAUCUUACCUGAAACAGUUGAGGAACAGAACAUCAUGAUCGCAAAUGAGAAGAGGGAGCUAGCAUACCUAAACGGUAAACUGGUCAAGAAUUAUGAACUGAAAAAGAAAUAUGAACUAUUGUUAAACGAAGGUUUGAACAUUAACAACUAGUAAGCUACGCUACUAGAUAAAAUGGUUUGCUCCAUUUAUAGUUGUAACAGACCGCUUUAUAUUCUUAAAAAAAUUGUCUAUCAUUUGGAAAAUUAACUGAUGGCUUCGAGCAAAACAUGAGAGAACGACCAUUAGACAAUCAACUGUGAGGGUGCUGGCCGCGUAAAUAUUUAGAUCGCCAUGAUGAAAGUCUGUUGAGCUUCUGGAUAUACCCUUGUCGUUUGAACCUAGUUAACAAUCCUAAGCAAACUCAAGACUAUUUUAUCACUCAUCACUGCAUAAAACAGUUAAGCAGUUUUUCAACAAGAAUUUGCUUGAAAUUGUCAGCAAAUUGGUAUCAAAAUUUUCAACAAAAUCCGUCUAAAAAUGUCAAAUGUUUUCCAUAUACAUAAUUUCCAAUAUAGAUAAAUGGAACGUGAUAUCACAUCCUACAUGUAUUUGAAUAUUUUGUUGAUAUCCAGUUUCGGGGACUGUAGGAUUGCGCUUUUCCGUCCGCCCGUCAUUCCGUGCCUCUUUCCGUCUGUUCGUCAACACUUACGUGUACGGUCCAUAACUCUGUCAUUCAUCAAGGGAUUUUAAUAGGACUUGGCAUAAAUAUUUCCCAUAAUGAGACGACGUAUCCUACGCAAGUCCAAGAUCCCUAGCUCAAAGGUCUAUGUCACACUUUGAAGUCAAAUGCCAUCAGGGCGUUCUUCGUGUUUGGUCUGUAACUCAAGCGUCCAUCAAAGGCACCAAAAUAAGACGAUGUGCCAUGCAGAACUUUCAGAUCCCUAGCUUAAAGGUCCAGAUCACACUUGUAGGGCAAAUGUUAUUAUGUUAUUAAUAGGUUCCGGCCCAGAACUCUGUCAUCCAUUGUGGGAUUACCACAUUACUUUGCACGAAUGUUCCCUUUAAUUAGACAGCGUGUCAUACGCAACGCCUUGAUCCCUAUCUCAAAGGGUAACGUCACACUUUGCGGUCAAAUGUCAAUAGUUUUUUCCCCGUCGGUAUAUUUUCGUCAGAAUUACUACCCUUUAAUACGAUGAAGUUAUGUAUUUCAUUAUAUUUUUCUUCUGUUUUCCCUAUAAUUUAAAAGUGAAAUGAUUUUAAAACACUUUUUUUAUAUCUGUAGGAUACUAUAAGCAAUCGACAACUGUAGAGUGUUUCUAUAUGCAAAUUUUGAUAAAGGUUGUUCGUUAUAACAUAUUGUAUAUUAUAGCAUAAUAUUAGAUAUAUGUAUCAGUAACAGAUAUCAGAUCUUUAGGUUAUACUGCAGUUGAGAUAAGUAGUCCUCUUCCAGUAGGGGACUUUGUAUUGCAUGGCGAUUUUUCAUUUUCUUGUUAUACUCAAGACUCACAAAAUCAAUGCAUGUAACAAUUUAACUCUAUGCAAGCGUUUUAAUUUUACUAUGAGCACAAUACUAGUAUGUUUUUGCCUUUCAAGUUUGGUAACUGAGUAAGAAACAUAUAGCAUGAUUGCAGAAGAGGUUUAGCAGUAUAAGUUAAAAAUCAUAUUAAACGGCAGAAUUAUUCCUACAUUUUCACAUUUUUCAAGCGCUUUAUGAUUACCACCGUAAAUUUUUCAAUACAAAUUAUCGACGUUUCUGAUUUUAAUCUAAUUCAGUAUUUUUAUCCGAUGGAAGCUAUGUCGGUAUCAUAAAAUUUAGUUGUAUUCUUUGCUACUUUAAACACAAUUUGAAAUCACAACUUGGUGUUGUAGUUUCUGAUAUUAUUAGGUUAUUUAACAUUGUUCUGUACAAUACGGAGAUAUAUUUGGACGAGUACCCAGCUGAGAAAACCAUAUUG